AGAAUAUCGCGAUAUUUCUAUCCGUAAACAUGUUCCGUUCACUACGCAAGUUGAUCUCUUCUGAACGCUAUUACAAUAUUUAUCGAAUUAUGUUAACAGCGUUUGGUUUGUGGCCUUAUCAAACGUCAAGCGUUAUGAAAUUACAAGCAAUAUUCUUCCUUGGCGCAUAUUGCUUUAUUCUUGUGUUUCAGUGUACGAUUUUCUUAACAGCUACGUGCAACUUGGAAUUUAUCAUUAAAGAACUUUCAUAUAUUUUUAUUACCGUGUUAUAUAUUGUGAGUUAUAACUCCUAUUAUUUUAAUUCUAACGGAGUGAAAUAUUUAUUGGAACAAAUUAAAUUGGAUUGGAAUACAAUGGAAGAUAAUAGUGAAAUUAGAAUAUUAGAAAAGUAUGCUUUUGAAAUUUGUUUUCGUUCAUUAAUUCUGGGUUUUUUUGUCAUUUGUUGUAUAUUUAGUGUUAUAUUUAUCGAAUUAAUACCCGUUAUUCUUGAUGCUGUUGCACCGAUGAAUGAGUCUCGACCACGAAAAAUAAAAAUGGAUUUUGAAUUUUUUAUUGAUGAGCAAAAAUACUUUUAUAUUUAUUUAAUAUAUGAAAUUAUAGUAAUACUACUUGGAAUUUUUACAAUACUCGCAACAGGAACAUUAUCGAUGGCGUUUUUGCAGCAUUGUUGCGCAACUAUCAAAAUCGCUAGUAACUUAAUAAAAAAUAUAGUGACUAAACACACACUUGAAACUCCUGCACAUCGAAGAACGCACGUGAUGUAUCGGAAUAUUAAUCGUGCUGUUCACAUUCAUAGAAAAUCUCUUCAGUUUUCUACAUUUCUUAUGAAAAUUAUGAACAAGUGGUAUUUCUUUAUAAUAAUAUUCAGCGUAAUGUCUUUAACUUGCAACCUUUUUCGACUACUUAACGCAUUAAAAACAUUAAAGGAACUUUCCGAAGUAUUAAUGUCCAUUGGUUUAAUACUAGGUCACUUUAUCAUCAUAUUUGUACCUAAUUUAGUUGGACAAUCACUUACCGAUCAUAGCGCAGAAAUAUUUAAUGCCGCUUAUAGUACGAUGUGGUAUUUAGCUCCCUUAUCAAUACAAAAAUUGCUUUUAUUUGUGAUGCAAAAUUCUCUGAAGUCUCAUGUCCUAACAAUUGGUCGUAUUUAUAUAUCAUCUCUAGAAGGAUUUUCUACGAUUGUUUUAAUGAAUUGAUUUAUUGCAUUUAAAACAUAUCCGAAACAUAUCUGCAACAAUAAUAAUAUUACGUGACAUCAUAUGUGACAAUGCUUAUUAAUUGCUAAUAUAAAAAUUAAGAUUAAGAUUUUUUUUAGCUUACAACUACAGCAAUAUCUUACUUUACUGUAAUAUACGCCGUGACGAUGAACUAACAAAAAAAUUUUAAAUGACUGUAGAAAUUUUAAUGUAGUGGUAAUUACAUAUAUUGAUUGCAAAAGUUAAUUAAGAAUUGCGGUAUGUAAUCAUUUGCUCAAACAGUGGUUUAAACAAACCAUAAAACAUCACUUUAUUAUACAAAAUUUAACAUGUGGUAUUUAAUAUAUGGUAUUUAAACAUAUAUGGCAUUUAUAUAACAAAAAUAAUUUUUACUUCUAGCACUUGGCAUACAAUACAUGCAAACAGGAAUCAUAUAUCACUAAUUUAAUAAUGAUGUAAUUUAAGAGUGCACAGAAUCGCACAAAUAAAAUUUGUUAUAAUA